ACAAAAAAUGAUAAAUUCAAACUUGGAGUUUGUUGAUACUCGAAGAUUUUCUCGUCGUGCAGGUGGUGGAGGGAGGUUGUCUAAAACAGAAAAUGGGAAUUGGGUUACUUCAAAUUCUGAACAAUUUGAUUUGGAAGUAAAUGUUGAACAACAAAAUGAAAAUAUUAAUGGGGGGAGAGGAACUCCAAAAAUUUUAAUUGAACCAAUUGGGGAGGCUAUUCAUUUAAAUAUUGGGAAAAGGUAA